CGAGCGGGGAAACGGCCGCUGUUGCUGCCGCGCGGCCGGGCGGGACUGGCCGGCGUUGGUUGGGGCAUGCCGGAGCGCGGCGGGGGCACUUUUCGGAAACUCCGGGGCGCGGAGAAACAUGGCACUCCCUACACUGCCCUCGUACUGGUGCAGCUGGAGGCUCCUGGAUCAGCAGAUGGCCCGACAGCGAGAGCAGGAGGCCCGGCUUCGGCAGCAGUGGGACCAGAACAGUCGCUACUUCAGGAUGUCUGAUAUUUGUAGCUCCAAACAGGCGGAAUGGAGCUCCAAGACCUCCUACCAGCGGAGCAUGCAUGCCUAUCAGCGGGAGAAGAUGAAGGAGGAGACGAGGAAGCAGCUGGAAGGCAGACGGGACCGACUCAGGCAGCUGCUGCUGGAGGAGCAGGACCUCCUGGCCAGAGAGCUGGAGGCGUUGCGGCUCAGCGUGGACUUGCAGGAGGGAAGGAUCCGGGAGCGGUGCAGCAAUCUAAAGUCGGCCCGAGAAGAGCAAAGGAAACUGAUUGCUGAACAACUUUUAUAUGAACACUGGAAAAAGAACAACCCCAAACUUCGAGAGAUUGAAUCAGCCCUUCACAAGGAGCAUGUGAUAAACUCUUGGAAAAUGCAGAAAGAAGAAAAAAAACAGCAAGAAGCCACCAAAGAGAAAGAGAACAAACGGUAUGAAAAUGAGCAUGAACGGGCCCGAAGGGAAGCACUGGAGCGGAUGAAAGCAGAAGAGGAAAGGAGGCAGCUGGAGGGCAAGCUCCAGGCUGAGGCGCUGCUGCAGCAGAUGGAGGAGCUGAAGCUGAAGGAGAAGGAGGCCACCAAACUGAAGAAGGAGCAGGAGAAUCUGCUGAAGCAGCGGUGGGAGCUGGAGAGGCUGGAGGAAGGGAGGAAGCAGAUGGCAGCCUUCCGGCAGAAGGCAGAACUGGGACGCUUUUUGAGACAUCAGUAUAACGUGCAACUCAAUAGGCGUACCCAGCAGAUCCAAGAGGAACUGGAGGCGGACAAGCGCAUCCUGCAGGCGCUCCUUGAGAGGGAGGAUGAGAACCAGCGCAUGCAAUUGGCCAAGAGGGCGCAGGCUGUGGCUGACGUGGAGUGGAUGAAGCAGGUUGUCGAGGAGCAGCUGCGGCUGGAGAGGGAACGGGAGGCAGAGCUGCAGCUGCUGUUGAGGGAGGAGGCCAAGGAGAUGUGGGAAAAGAGAGAGGCGGAGUGGGCCCGGGAGAGGAGCGCCCGAGACAGACUGAUGAGUGAGGUUCUGACAGGGAGACAACAACAAAUACAAGAAAAGCUUGAACAAAACCGACGGGCACAAGAGGAGUCCCUGAGACACAGGGAGCAGCUUAUUCAGAAUCUUGAGGAAGCAAGAGAGUCAGCUCGUCGUGAGAAAGAGGAGAGUGAAGAACUGAAAUCGGCCAGGAAACAGGAGCUGGAGGCCCAGGUUGCAGAGCACCAGCUGCAGGCAUGGGAGGAGGACCAGCAGCAGGAGGAGGAAGAAGAGGCGGCGAGGCAGGCAGAGCGGCUCACUGACACCCUGCUACGGCAGGAGGCGAAGAUGAUGGCUGAGCGGGGCUACCAGCCCAAGCCCUAUGGACAUCCCAGAAUUGCUUGGAACUGACUUCGUUCAGACCGUAAGCACAGAGAGCAGGGACGCUGAGGCCUGUGAUACGCAGGUGCCAGACAGUUGUACCAUGUUCUGUU